AGCCUGUGACCAGGAUGGAGACACACAACACCUUUGCUGAGGUUGCAGUCACACGGAAUCAGACUCCGCCCAGUGGGCGUGUCUCUCUGAGCACAGACUCCGCCCUCUUCAGCACAAGCUGGGAAACAGUUGUAGGGAAAUCAUAUCCAGGUUUUGCGUUUGCGGCUCUGGUCAGUUAUAAAGAUCUGAACUCAUCCAGUGACCUGCUCCACAAGAUGAGCAGCGAGAGAUCAGACGAUAAAGAGAGAAGCGUCACUUAUCAACUCAACUCUAAAGUGGUGACGGCCGUCGUCAGUAAUGCAGAAACCAAGCAGCUGUCAGAGCCGGUGACGCUCGUCUUUACACACGUGGAGGAGAGGGCGGAGUCUGAGGGCGUGGUUUACUCCUGUGUGUACUGGAAUGAGGCUGAGGGGGCGUGGUCUGAGGAGGGCUGUGAGGGGGCGUCGUCUAACAGCACUCAUACAGUGUGUUACUGGUCUCAUUUCAGUAGUUUCGCUGUGCUCAUGGCUCUCUAUCCUGUCCAGGAUGCAUUUGAGUUGGUUUUGAUCACGCGUGUGGGUUUAGUUCUGUCUCUGGCCUGUUUAUUUCUCUGUAUCCUGACAUUCCUGUUCUGCCGGUCCAUCCAAGGAACCCGAAACAGCAUUCAUCUUCAUCUGAGCAUCUGUCUCUUCAUCGCAGACCUCAUCUUCCUCUGCGGGAUCUCCAGUACUCACAAUGAGAUGCUCCACAUACUGAAACAAGAGUACAUGAGGGUGGUAGAGUGGAGGUGGAUCAGGGGAGGGAAGACAGGCCACUUCAAUGAGGUGGAAGUGGGUAAGGAAACAGAGGCAGUGCAGGGCACCAAGAUGAAGCCAGCAUUGCAGGUAAUUAGUGUGGAGCCAACAAGGCAGGUAGCCAGAGUGGAGUCAAAGACCACCAAGGAGGGUAGAGCAAAUGGAGCAGGAGACCACCAGGGCAGAACAGAUGGAGCAGAAGACCACUAG